AUGAUCAACGCCAAGAGAAUUGCUCAACUAGCAACAAAGUGGCAGAGGGUAGCAGCUCUCACAAGGAAGCGGCUGACCAGGACGGCGACAACAGCAGCCGAAGGGUGCUCAAUAGCAGUGGCAGGAAGGGGCCAUUGCAUCAUGUACACCACCGAUGGGAGAAGGUUCGAGGUGCCUUUGGCAUAUCUCAGCACGGUGGUCUUCAGUGAGCUUCUGCGAAUGUCCCAAGAGGUGUUUGGCUUUGCAAGCAGAGAAGACAGGAUCAAGCUGCCAUGCGAUGCCGUGGUGAUGGAGUAUGUCAUGUCCUUGCUCAGGAGAAGUGCCUCCGCUGAGAUAGAGGCGGCGUUCCUCAGCUCCAUGGUGAUGCCACCCUACUAUACAGCUCCACCUGUGGGAGUUAGCCAGCAUGUUAUUGUCUGCAGUUGCUAAUUGCCGUCCUGUUUUGUACCUUUGUAUGUAAAGUAGUUCGAUGUAGGAAAUGGGAAAUAGGAUGUCCCAUGCAAAGCAUUUGUCUUGCCAUGGAUUAAGCAAUCAAGAGAAAUGAUUAGAUCCAUCA